AUGUCUUACGUUGUCCCCGGACCCCCAACGCCUUUCAAUGGCACCAACGAGGAGCUUGGUGGUGAUUCCACUACCGAAAACCUCAACCAAUGGUACCAAUCUGGUGACCAGGCCUUCAUUCUCGUCUCAGCCUGUCUCGUCCUUCUUAUGGUUCCCGGUAUCGCCUUUCUCUACUCCGGUCUUGCUCGAAGAAAGUCGGCUCUUUCCAUGCUCUGGGUCGUCAUGAUGUCCUUUUCCGUCAUCGUCUUCCAGUGGUAUUUCUGGGGUUUCUCUCUCGCAUUUUCCACAACUUCCAACAACCCUUUCAUCGGCGAUCUCAAGCACUUCGGUCUCAGACACGUUUGGGGUGCUCCUUCGGUCGGAUCAGCUCUCAUCCCAGCUCUUCUAUACUCAUUCUACCAGAUGAUGUUCUGCGCUGUCACUGCUGCUCUUACCAUUGGUGCUGUUGCUGAACGCGGCCGUGUCAUUCCUAGCAUGGUCUUCAUCUUCUUCUGGGCUACUCUCGUUUACUGCCCUCUUGCCUACUGGGUCUGGAACCCCAACGGUUGGGGUUUCGUCAACGGUGUUCUCGACUACGCCGGUGGUGUUCCCGUCGAGAUCGGUUCUGGUAUGUCUGCUCUUGCCUACUCCUGGGUUCUUGGCCGCCGUAACGAGAAGAUGAUGAUGAACUUCCGCCCUCACAACAUCUCGUUGAUCACCCUUGGUACCAUCUUCCUCUGGUUUGGCUGGCUCGGCUUCAACGGUGGCUCUUCCUUCGGUGCCAACCUUCGUGCUGUUAUGGCUUGCUGGAACUCUUGCCUCACUGCCAUGUUCGCCGCUAUGACCUGGUGCAUUCUCGAUUUCCGCCUGGCCCGCAAAUGGUCCAUGGUCGGCUGGUGCUCUGGUACCAUUUCCGGUCUCGUUGCCGCCACUCCUGCCUCUGGUUUCAUCGACCCCUGGGCCAGUAUCAUUCUCGGCGUUGUUGCUGGUGUCGCCUGUAACUUUGCCACCAAGAUCAAGUUCCUCAUCCGAAUUGACGACUCUCUCGAUGUCUUCGCUGAGCACGGUGUCGGCGGUAUCGUCGGUCUCAUCUUCAACGCUUUCUUCGCUCGCGGCUCCAUCAUCGGCCUCGACGGCGUCAACACUGGUGUCAUGGGUGGUUUCAUGGAUGGCAACUACGUUGUCAUCGGCUGGCAAAUCGCUGCCAUUGUUGGUGCUUCUGCCUACGCUUUUGUCAUGUCCGCCAUCAUUGCCAAGAUCAUUGACCUCAUCCCUGGUCUUAAGCUCCGUGCUUCCGAGGAGGCCGAACUCCUUGGCAUGGACGAUGACCAGCAUGGUGAGUUCUCCUACGAUUACGUUGAGGUUCGCCGAGACUUCCUUGCCUGGAGCCCCCAACGUGGUGAGCCCGCUGAGGAUGGUGACGUCCUUGAGCCCACUCAUGGGAUCCAUGAGCACCAGUCCAUGAUGAACCCUAGCGAGUCAGAUGACGCCCGCAAGACUCCUUCUCUCAACACACCAGAUGUUAUUGCGCCUGACGCGGUCAUCAACGAGAAGCAUGCUUAA